UUGCUAACUUUAUGUGAGGAACUAAACUCUGGUGGAUUCUUUUUAUUCAGGGGUGUCUCUUCAGGCUGGCUUUUCUACUUUGAACUUCGGCGCGUCCUCUCGCUCCCUCCUGUAGGUGACCAUGGCCGUACCGGCUGCUCUCAUCCCGCCGACUCCUCUGGUCCCUCCGCCGCCUUCGAUCCCCACUCCAUCUGCCACCACGUCUCCGCCGUCGACAACUUCGUCCCCGUCUCCAUCUCUCGUCGCUCCUCCGCCGUCAUCAGCAGCCGCAGCAGCAGCAGCAGCAGCAGCAGCGCAGAAUCUCUUCAGAUCGGAGCUCCUGGCCACGGGCAGCCCGGGUCUCCCCAACCCGAACAAACCAGUCUACUCCACGCCGUCUCCAGUAGAAAACAUACCGCAGAACAACGAGUGCAAGAUGGUCGAGUUACGCGGUGCCAAAGUGGCGUCUUUCACCGUGGACGGCUGCGAGCUCAUCUGCCUGCCACAAGCUUUCGACUUGUUCCUCAAGCACCUGGUCGGCGGACUGCACACCGUUUACACCAAGCUCAAGCGGCUCGAGAUCACGCCGGUCGUGUGCAACGUGGAGCAGGUCCGCAUCCUCAGAGGGCUCGGCGCCAUCCAACCUGGCGUGAACCGCUGCAAACUCAUCUCCAGAAAAGACUUCGAGACGCUCUACAACGACUGCACGAACGCAAGCUCCAGACCAGGACGGCCCCCCAAAAGGACCCAAAGUGUGACAUCGCCGGAGAACCCCCACAUCAUGCCGCAUUCUGUCCCAGGUCUCAUGUCCCCUGGUAUGAUCCCACCCACAGGUCUGACAGCGGCAGCCGCAGCAGCUGCCAACGCAGCCAUCGCAGAGGCCAUGAAGGUCAAGAAGAUCAAGCUGGAGGCCAUGAGCGGCUACCACAGCAACGCCAACCACCACGGGCCGGACGGGGAGAACGGAGACCUCAGCUCCAGCGUCGGCCUGGAACUCCCCUUCAUGAUGAUGCCACACCCCCUGAUUCCCGUCAGCCUGCCCCCUGCCUCCGUCACCAUGGCGAUGAGUCAGAUGAACCACCUCAGCACCAUCGCAAACAUGGCCGCGGCAGCACAGGGUCAGAGCCUGCCCUCCAGAAUGGUCACCUCAGUUAUAAAGGGCCUGCAGGAGCGUGUACAGGACAGUCCGUCUCCUGCUCCAUCUUUAGAGGACCACAGGAGGCCCGGGAGCCAGCCCUCGUCCCAUCGCAGCAGCAGCGUGUCCAGCUCCCCUGCCCACACAGAAAGCUCCUCAGACAGGAUACGUACGUCCCUAUAUGAGCUCAAAACACAGAGACACACAACACAUCACAAUGGCCUAUCGAUGAACCAAGCCCUCCUCGGCCUGUCCCCCAAUAUCCCCCCUGGUCCCAAAGAAGGGGACCUGGCCCAUGAUAUGAGCCAUGAAGCAAAGAGGAUGCACGGUGACAAAGAAGACAACCCCUUGUGCACCCCAACAGCAAGAGACAGCUAUGAGCGGUUAUCACUGGCUGGACAAGGUCUGCCUCCUGGUUUCCCAUCACCUUUCCUCUUCCCAGAUGGUCUGUCGUCAAUAGAAACCCUGCUCACUAACAUACAGGGCCUGCUGAAAGUGGCUAUCGACAACGCGCGGGCCCAGGAGAAGCAGGUGCAGCUGGAGAAGACGGAGCUGAAGAUGGAGUUGUUCAGAGAGAGGGAAGUUCGGGAGACUCUGGAGAAGCAGCUGGCCAUGGAGCAGAAGAACAGAGCCAUUAUCCAAAAGCGUCUGAAGAAAGAGAAGAAGGCCAAGAGGAAACUGCAGGAGGCGCUAGAGUACGAGUCCAAGCGACGAGAGCAGGUGGAGCAGACGCUGAAGCAGCCUUCCCCAUCAGACAGCAUGCGCUCACUCAACGACGCUCUGACCCCUGAGAUGGAGAGUGACCGCAGCAGUGCCAGAACAGAUGCUGAAAGGACAAUACAAGAUGGAAGACUGUUCCUGAAGACUACAGUGAUGUACUGAUCAGGCUGAGGAUCUGAAAGAGAAAAAAUACUUCAAAAUAAUAAUAAAAACAAGAGGGAAAACCCAUAGAGAUUUUAAAGAGCCUGGUUUAGUCUAUCAAAAUGUCAAGCUGCUUGUAGGGAUGUGUUCACCCAAACGCUGGAGGUUGAAUGUAGGAAAACUCGUCUUCUCACUGAGGCCAAUAUGAAGUAGAUUGCUAAAGUCAGUUUUAUUAAUGGUUGGCCAAUGUGACAGACACACACACAUACUAUAUUGAGCACAGUCAAACCCUACCAAUGGUACACUGUUGGUAAUAACUCCAAUUCACAGCACUGAAGUUUUUAUACUGUAUCCUCAGCCAGCGAGAAAAGCUUCGAAAGUAAAAUUGAAGUUUUUUGUUUUGUAUUUCAAUUUGAAUUUUCGACAAGCUAAAACAUGGAGAAUGUGGAGAGGAGGAAGACAAAUUGUGAAUCGUAUCCAUGUGUUUAGCAAAAGAAAAAGACUGAAGUUUUUCUAAAUUAGAUGAAAAUACAAUCAAGUUUCCUUUUUACAAAUGUUGUAUAUAAUGCUAGGAGAUGUCCCUCUAUCACACUGAGUGGAUUGGUGGCGUAUGUGUAUAUAUCGUUAAGAGGUAUUGUGUAUGCAGUUAGCGCUAAUAGGCAAAACAAUACCACCAUUUAUAUAAACCCGCAGUUCAGUUUCCUUCUAUUUCUGAGCCAUCCUCCUUUUUCCUAUAGCUGCCAUUUUGGUGAGAAAGCAUGCAGGCAUGUAAAUGUUUGUCCUGGAAUUAUCAUAUUUAAUAAAUCCUAUAAUGUGCUGAGCGAAUCCAGCGGGUCGGCCCACAAGAGCGACCCCGCCAUGAUUUUGACCACAUGAUAUCCAAUACUUUCACUUUGAAGACUUUCAAUAGUACUGUAAUAUUUGUAACAAAGGAAAUAUUUCUUGGGAUUAACUGUACAUUUUGCCAUGUCAGUCACACACUCCAAUGCUUUGUAUAAAACGUACAUGCAAAAUGAUGUGAUGAGCUGAAAAAAAGAAAAACAAUCAAAUCAAACCAACUUUAAGACAGUACAUUUGCUAAUCCCAAACUUCUUUUCUACUCGUAUUUCAUGGUAUCUUGAUGGAAAAUAAUUCUCAUUUUAAGUUGACAUUUCCCAUUGCUUUCCCUAAAGAGGUUUUGAAGACUUUUUGGUGCUGAAACACCUGUGUAUAAUAACUAGACAUAAGCUGAUGUCACUGCAGUUUAGACUUUCUGUGUUACAAUCAGAGAAUGGGAGGAGGAACCCAGAGCAAGAGAAGUGUCCCAUGUUCACAUUGUGUUUGUUCUUUUUGUUCUCAAUGGAGUGUCUAGGUCUGUUGUCACUGAUAACUUAUAUAGCUUCUCGAAUCAUCUCUUCAUUGUACUUCAAAUUCAAAUAAAGUUAACAUGUUGAUGAUAAAAAAAAAA